ACUGAAAUCAUUCCUGCUACAUCUAUAACACUGCCGCUAAUAGGAAAAUACCUACUCUUUACAAUGAUAAUGGUGACGCUGAGCGUUUUCGUCACCGUUGCUUCUUUGGAUGUGCACUUUCGAACUCCUACAACACAUGCCAUGCCGAAAUGGAUAAAGGUGGUGUUUCUUGAGUGGCUGCCUAAAAUCUUAUUCAUGAGGCGAUUAGACGACAAUGGUGACUCCACUGCGAGCAUUGCUGAUAAAAACUCAGAACUCACUUCAUUGGAAGGCAAAUUCCCUUUGAACUACCAUGGGCAUCGGCAUAUAAGCACUGAUGCACUGAUAGACGAAAGGAUUCAAAAACUCUACAAAUCGCCUCAAGUGAAUGACAUACGCAGCACAGGCAAUGAACUUAUUUCACUUAUAACCCAGGUUAUACAAGCCUUUGAAAACAUCAUUUUUAUUGCUGAAUUGCUGAAAAAGAAUGAGCAUGAUGAUAAGAUCGAUGAAGACUGGAAUUUUGUUGCGAUGGUUAUUGAUCGACUUUUCCUCUUCAUUUUUGCGGGUGCCUGUUUUUCUGGAACGUUAAUUAUACUUCUACAAGCUCCAACGCUCUAUGAUUAUAGAAAACCUAUUAACUUGCAGUAUCGACCAGCUAAUUUAAGUGGCCUUUUUUAG